AUGGCGCCGCUUAGGUCUCGGGCCCACUGGGGCUCCCGAGCACGCCUGGCGGUGGCGCUGCAGGCAGGCGUCGCUGCGCUGAGAGACUGUGACGGUGUCGUGGAGGACGGCAUCAGUUGGGACGUGGUGCGCGAGGACCUCGGCCACAUCGUGCGGCAAGUCCGGGAGGGCGCGCUGGAACGCGACCUGCACGCGUCGAAGGAUUCUGGGGGGCGGGACCCGCUAGUCUCCUACGGCGACGUGGCGCUGCAGAGGCACCUGGAACGCUUCCAGGACCUGGCGGCGCUGCUUGGCGGCCACCGGCGCUGCAGCCUGGGGCGCCAGACCGUGCAGCUGCUGAUGUCUGUGCUUUUCUCGGGCUUGCCUUGGGGCGCGUGGUUCGAGCGCCACAGGCUCGAUCUGGAUGGCCUCCUGCACGAUGCCAGCUGGGCCGAGGCGGCCGAGAGCGGCUGGCCGGUGCUGGAGGUCCUGAGCGUCAUCGGCGCGCUGGUGCAGAGCUCCCGCGGGCCCCCCGGCUGCCGCGAGGUGGACUUGGAAGGCCUGGACGCCCUGGUCGGCGGCGCCUCUGCCGGGUCGCCCGUGCCCGCCGCGGCGGAGGAGCUGCUGGGCCGGCCCGCCUGCGCCUUUGCCCAGGGCGUGGCCCUCGGCGUCUCGGCGGCCGCCUCGGCGAACCGGAGCGCGGCCGCUCGGCUUCUCGCGCGGGCGCAGGCGCGGCUGCGCCAGGCCGUCGCCGCCGAGGGCCCUGGGGUGGCGCCCUGGGCGCUGUUCUCCAGGCCGCUGCCGGAGCUGCUCCAGCGGCUGGCGCGCACCUGGGAGUCGUUCGGCGCCACGGCGGCCCCGCGCCAGACCGACAUCCUGUACUGCGGCCACCUGGACAUCGAGGAGCAGCUGCAGGGCCUGUGCGACCACGCGGGCUGCUCCGCGCGCGUGCGCCUGACGGAGUCGGCCUCGGAGACCAGGACCGCCUGCGCCGCUUUUUACAGGGACGCCGUCCUCGCGCUCGCGCCAGCGAGCACGGAGAGGGCGAGCACCCUGAUAGUCAGCCCGCUGACCUGGCAGUGGCGCGAGGAGCUCCGCGACGACCUACGGCUGCUGCUGCGGGAGCAGGACAGGUGGCGCAGCAAGAUACCGUGGGCGGGCGUGCCCUGUGUCAACAGCUCUCGGGUAUGGAACUGGCCCGUGCGCCGGGCCCGGCACAGGUUCUGGAAGCUCGACUUCGAAGAGUACGCCACUGGCUACGAGACCUCGCAGUACCUACCCAUCGCCGAGUUCUGGGUGGUGGGGGACACGAGCUCCGGCACCAGGGUCUACAGCACUGCCGCGCUCCGCGAGGUCUCUGCCGAGCUGCGCCGGCGGGAGCAGGACUACCCGGCCGCCCUGCCCGGGGGGGACGCCCCGCUGGAGCCCCCCGAGGAUGCCGCGACGUGGUUGGUGGAGCUUGACCUGGCUGGCAAGGCCCUGGGCCUCCGGGCGCACACGCUUUUGCAGGCGGUGUCCCUGGAGGACGAGUACAAGGCGCGCGCCUCGCUUUCGGCCAGGCUCGCGCGGACGUUCCACAUCGAGGCGGCGCGGUUCCUGCCGGCCAGUCCGCAGCAGGAGCGCUGCCUCUUCCCGACGACCAGGUCGGCGGCGGGCUUCGUCGCCGACCACGGUGUGGUGUGCAGCUGGUGCACGCGUAAGCGUCUGUGCGACAUGUUCCAGGCCGUCGGAGGCUGGUGGCUCGGAAUCGCGCCCCUGUCGCACAUCAUCGUGCCCGUGUCUGCCAGCGUGCUGAACGUGUUCCGCAGCGGUGCGUCAGACCUGUUCCCGUGGGAUGCAGACAUCGACGCCAACUUUAUCGCCGACCAUCCGCUGGUCGUCGGCAGCUAUCUGGAGGAGCGCAGAGAUGCGCUCGAGGCCCUGGGCUAUUCGUACAUCCUGCGGGGCGACCGCUUGUCCCUCCCCCGGUGUUCCACGACCUCGCGGACUCCGUGCGGAUGGACAUCUGGCUCUCUGGGCCCCAGGACGUGCGCGCCUACGACAUCCGCGCUCGGCUGUGCGGCAUGCGCGUGA